AUGGAGCUUCCGCCAUGGGCAUCCUUCCUCGGUGUGGUGCUUGCCACCGUGAUGCUUCUCCAGGCCAUCGUCGGCCGUCGCAGCCGCCGCGUGUACAACCUCCCGCCCGGCCCCAAGCCGUGGCCGAUCAUCGGCAACCUCAACCUGGUUGGCGCGCUCCCGCACCGCUCCAUCCACGAGCUGUCCAGGAAGUACGGCCCGCUGAUGCAGCUCCGGUUCGGGUCGUUCCCCGUGGUGGUGGGCUCGUCGGUGGACAUGGCCAAGUUCUUCCUCAAGACCCACGACGUGGUGUUCACGGACCGGCCAAAGACGGCCGCCGGCAAGUACACCACCUACAACUACCGCGACAUCAUCACCUGGUCCCCCUACGGCGCCUACUGGCGGCAGGCGCGCAAGAUGUGCCUCACCGAGCUCUUCAGCGCCAAGCGGCUCGAGUCGUACGAGUACAUCCGCGCCGCCGAGGUGCGCGCGCUGCUGCGCGACCUGCACGCGGCGUCCGGCUCCGGCCGCUCCGUCAUGCUCAAGGACUACAUGUCCACGGUGAGCCUGAACGUGAUCACGCGCAUGGUGCUCGGCAAGAAGUACCUGGACAAGGAGGAGGCUGCCGCUGGCGCUGGGUCGGUGGUGACCACCCCCGAGGAGUUCAACAUAAAAACCCAACAAAACAGCAUCAGCGGCGACAACCGCUUAAAGCAUGCUCCACAUGAGCGAAAGUCGCUUUUCAGCUCUUUGGUCAGUCCAUGGUCAGUCAGCCGUUCCAAAUGGGUUGUCCGUCCAGAAGUCCUCUUAUCACCAGUAGUAGUAGGUGUUUCCCUGUGA